AUGGAUAUUACGGGUAGGGUGGUUCAGUGGGCAAUAGAGCUAUCCGAGUUCGACCUAAAGUACGAAACUUGGACAACAAUAAAAGCCCAAUGCCUCACCGACUUUGUAGCAGAAUAUGCAAGAGACCAAGAGGAAGAAUCUACUACAUGGGAGCUAUAUGUAGAUGGAUCCUCAAACAAAAUAGGAAGCGGUGCAUGCAUAAUAUUGGUCAACAAAGGGGAAAUACAAAUAGAAGUCUCCCUCAAAUUUGAAUUCCCGGCUUCCAAUAAUCAGGUAGAAUAUGAAGCCUUGAUUACAGGAUUAAAGCUGGCAGAAGAGGUCGGUGCUACAAAAGUAGUGAUAUUCAGUGACUCUCAGGUGGUGACCUCCCAAAUAAACGGAGAGUAUCAAGCUAAAGAUCCCAAUAUGAAGAGGUACCUGGACAAAAUCUUGGAACAUCUUAGGCACUUCGCAGAAAUCGAGGUCAAACACAUAACUCGGGAUCUCAACAGCAGAGCAGACGUCCUCUCCAAGUUAGCAAGUACCAAGCCAGGAGAAAAUAACAGAAGCCUGAUCCAAGAAACUCUCCAAGAACCCUCUGUGGAAAAAAUAGAGGCCAAGCAAGAUAUCCUUGAGGUCUUUGGAUUAGACCUCGGAUGGAUGAACCCUCUAAUCGAAUACCUAAAAUUCGACAUCCUACCCAAGGAGAAAAAAGAGGCUAAGAAAAUUCGGAGGGAAGCACAAAACUACACUUUGGUGAAAAACGUCCUCUAUAAAAGGGGAAUAUCAACAUUAUUAUUAAAGUGCGUCCCAACCUCAAGGACAAUAGAAGUCUUAGAAGAGGUCCGCAAUGGUAUCUGCAGAAAUCAUCUUGGAGCCAGGUCAUUAGCCAGAAAGGCCAUCCGAGCUGGGUUCUACUGGCCGACCUUGCAGAAAGAUGUCACAGAAUUCGUGAAGAAGUGCCAACCAUGCCAAAUGCAUGCAAACUUUCACGUCGCUCCCCCCGAGGAGCUCAUUAGUAUAACUUUUUCAUGGCCUUUUGCAAAGUGGGGAUUGGACUUGUUAGGGCCAUUUCUCCCGGCGCCUGGACAAGUAAAAUACCUGAUAGUGGGGGUAAACUACUUCACGAAGUAG